GGGGGCAGGCGGGCGGAGCGGUGGGCUCCUGUCGCCGCUGCGGCUGGGAUUAGGCGGCCGCUCGCCUGCGAUGCGGCUCGGCGGGGCGGGCGCGGCGGGGCCCGGCGGGAGGGCGCGGGGCGCCGGCGGGCUCUAGGACGACGGCGGGCGCGGCUCUGCUGGAGCUCUCCAGGGUUCUGGGGAGCCUCCUGCCCGCGGGGAGCCGCUCAGCGCCGCUCCGAACCGAGCAUAGCCGAGCCGCGGAGCACUUCCGAUGCCUCGGACACCACUGCUCCAGGGCUCCGCGGAGCCUCCGAGCAGCAUGGCCCGGAUUAGGUACCUCCGAGCGGCUGUCUCGGGAUUUUAUCUGUGGGAAGCGGCGGUACUGCUCAGCUUGGUAGCCACAAAGGAAACAGACAGUGCAAGAUCUCGUAGCAUGCCAAUGUCGCCAUCUGAUUUCCUGGAUAAGUUAAUGGGAAGGAUGUCAGGCUACGAUGCAAGAAUCAGACCAAAUUUCAAAGGCCCUCCAGUUAAUGUCACAUGCAACAUAUUUAUAAACAGCUUUGGAUCCAUUGCAGAGACAACCAUGGAUUACCGAGUGAACAUCUUUCUCCGACAGAAUUGGAAUGAUCCACGCCUCGCAUACAGCGAAUAUCCAGAUGACUCUUUAGACUUAGAUCCAUCCAUGUUGGAUUCAAUUUGGAAACCUGAUUUGUUCUUUGCUAAUGAAAAAGGUGCCAAUUUUCAUGAAGUUACAACAGACAAUAAGUUGUUGAGAAUUUUCAAAAAUGGGAAUGUACUUUAUUCCAUCAGAUUGACUUUAAUACUGUCCUGUCCGAUGGAUCUAAAAAAUUUUCCAAUGGAUGUGCAAACAUGUAUAAUGCAGUUGGAAAGCUUUGGAUACACAAUGAAUGAUCUCAUUUUUGAAUGGCAAGAAAAGGGAGCAGUUCAAGUAGCAGAAGGUCUCACUCUGCCACAGUUUCUGUUGAAAGAAGAAAAGGAUUUAUGUUACUGCACCAAGCAUUACAAUACAGGAAAGUUUACGUGUAUUGAAGUCCGAUUUCACCUUGAGAGGCAGAUGGGUUACUAUCUCAUCCAGAUGUACAUACCAAGUCUCUUGAUCGUCAUUCUCUCCUGGGUGUCGUUUUGGAUCAAUAUGGAUGCAGCUCCAGCCAGAGUGGCUUUAGGCAUAACAACUGUACUGACCAUGACAACACAAAGCUCAGGUUCACGAGCAUCUCUUCCAAAGGUGUCAUAUGUCAAAGCAAUUGACAUCUGGAUGGCUGUGUGUCUGCUCUUUGUAUUUUCUGCACUUUUGGAGUAUGCGGCUGUAAACUUUGUGUCAAGACAGCAUAAAGAACUCCUGCGAUUCCGCCAUAAGAGGAAGAAGAAUAAGUAUUUUGAGGGAGUUCUUGAUGGAAGUGAAAUCAGUGAAUCAUUGCAGCUUAGCAAUGGCUUGAGAUGUACAGGACCCAUAGAUGGAACUUUGCCUCAAAUCUACAGUACAAAUUUAAGGCAAGAUGAUGAUGUAAGGGAAAGUCAGUUUAGUUUUACAGCAUAUGGAAUGGGCCCAUGUCUGCAAGCAAAAGAUGGAGUGACACAAAAGGGGCCAAAUAAUCCUGUUCAAGCUGCACCAAAAAGCCCUGAUGACAUGAGAAAGGUAUUCAUUGACCGGGCCAAGAAGAUAGACACGAUAUCCAGAGCUUGUUUUCCGUUAGCCUUCCUCAUUUUCAAUAUUUUUUAUUGGGUAAUUUACAAAAUCAUUAGGCAUGAGGACAUUCACCAAUAACAAGAUUAAGUCUUGCAAUACGUACAUAUCUGUCUGCUAUGUUCAGCACGAGGCUUUCUGUUAGAAAUGCACGUUGGAAGAGUGAUAGGGAGAGAUAAAAGCAUUGGCAGGGAAGAAGAUGGGGGGAGGGGACAGGAAGGUGGGGAGAGCCUGAAAGGUCUGCAGUGCCCAGUCAGAGUGCAAUG